AUGAGUUCGCUACGUGUUUAUAAACGUGAACGAACCGUAAUUGAAAAAAUUCUCGGAGAAUACGAGAAUGGUAAAACAAAAAUAGUUACGUUGAAGCAAUGGACGAAAAAAUGUGGACUACAUGUGGGUCGUGUGAACUCUGCGAAGGAUACCUUCAUUUACGAUUCCGGUAUCGAUAUAUCCUUUGACGAUAUGGAACAGUUGGCCGACGCACUACCCACCAUGUCAAAAGCUAGUCAAGCCGUCAACUAUGCCGAGUUGAGUGAAAGCAAAGAUUCAUACGGUAAUCAAUAUCGUUUGGUUUUGAAAAGUAGUGAAUACGGCGGUUUAAAGGUGUGCAAAUUUAAAAAAGCACCUUCACCCGUCGAAUUCGGUACGGACGACACCGAUGUUUUGGAUCCCGCACCCGUUACAGUCGCCGCCAAGAUCCCGCAACCUGCAAAAGAUCCUGAAGAAGGCUGA